UGAUUUUUUUACACUAUAGUUUGAGAUACUCAGUUAUACACAUAUGUGCGGGUAAAUUUAAUUCUGAUCUCACAAAUUAAAAAUUUUAAAUUUUUCAGACUUCAAAUAUCAUGAACUAAAUCUAUACACUAUACUAUAGGCUUAACAAUAUUGAGGAAAGAUGAGUGUAUCUAGGACAUUUACUCGUGCUUUCUCUAACUCUUCGAGUUUGAGUAGAGCAGGAUAUUCAACAGUUAAACCAGUCCAUCAUUUGGUUAAGAUUGAAAAGGCAGCUUUAAAGCCCAAUUACCAAAGUUUAUUGGUUCCAAAAGAUGAUAUACUAGCAGUUGGUUACAAGCCAACUGAAAUAGAUCAAGAUAGAUUACUCGAUCAUUAUCACAAUACUAUUCAAUCAGACUUGAUGUUACAUUUCUAUAAACAUGAUGCACAAAAAAUCUCCGGUAAUAAAAAGAGAAGUUGGGGUGAAGAUUCUCCAUAUAAGAUGUAUCGUCCUCAAAAGAAACCAGUGGGAACAACUCGUCAAACUAGAGAUAUAAAUCCAAUCAAUUUUAAGAACAUCCCUCAAUUAGAACUGGUGGUAGUUCAAAUAUUCAACAAACAUGCAUUAGAAGAUUCAUACUUAAACAUUUCAAGUAGAUUACUUCUUUCACAAAUAACCAACGUUAAGGCUAAGCAAAUCUACGCUAAAGCAAAUAUAUUGCCAUGGAAGAUGAGAGCUGGUAAACCAUGUGGUGCCAAAGUUGAAUUAACUGGUGUUGAUAUGUCCCAAUUCAUUACCACUUUAUCAGAAUUAGUAUUACCAAGAAUCAGAACUUUCAAAGGUAUAAAACUUAGUUCAGGUGAUAGAAGUGGUAAUAUAACAUUUGGUUUAGAUCCAGAAGAUGUGAAAAACUUUCCAGAAAUUGAAGCUUUCCAAGAAUUAUUUCCUAACUUAACUGGUCUCCAUAUUACUUUUAAGACCACUGCCAGAACUGAUGAUCAAGCAAGAACACUUUUAAGUUCAGUUGGUUUCCCAUUCUAUAAAGCAUAAAUAACAAUCUUGUAAUUAUCUGUAUAUAUAUAUUUAAAUAACACUAUCGCACAUAGGAAUAGAUAUUUUUAUUAACGU